UUAACAGCUUUGGCAAUAGAUGCUGUCUUAGCCAGCGACGUCCACACUGAAAAAAAGAGGUCGGACAUCAUCGGCGCUAAAUCUGCUUUCAAAAGCCUCUCGAGCUAAAGUAGGCUGGGGGAGGAAAGUUCUAGCUUUCCCAGUAAUUCUUGUUGAGUUAGAAAAUUAUACUGGCAUCUUCAACAUUAAGUGCUUCGACUUUCCAUUAACCAUGGGACCAGUGACUUGCCCGUAUCUCCAUUAAGGUCUGUGAAUGUCACAUCUCGGGUCACGCAGUUAUUAGGUGAAAUGGUCGAACUGCAAUUGGCGGCGGCAGAAAAAAGUUCAUCACCAAGGCUAUUGAGUGCUCACCCGCGUGAGGAAGGGGUUCAUGCUGUUCAUGGUCAAAGCUCAGCGCCCAGAGGAUUAUUGUUUUUCAUGGAGUGGGCGACAGGAGCACAGCUCAUGGGACGUGCCCACGUGAUGAGGAUCCUUCGGGUUUUAAUUUAUCUGGACACCAUCAUAACAGUGAAAACCAUUCCACCAGAAUGCGAUCUACCGAAUAUCCUCAGAAGAGAGAAAGAACAUUGCUUUGAGAUGCUGUCAAACGAUAAAAUCGGUUCUGGGAUGCAAAAGUUUCAAGCAGGCUGUGAUGGUUUGUGGGAUAACGUGACAUGCUGGCCCUCCUCCUCACUGGGAAAGACUAUUGCUGUACCUUGCCCAAAGGUGAUCUAUGUUCUGACUCAUAAAGAAGGUUUUGUUUACCGAAAUUGCACAAGUGAGGGCUGGUCUGAAGCAUUCCCUUUAUAUGGAACAGCUUGUGGAUAUGAUGUGAAUGAUACCUCAAAAAUUGUCAAGAGAGCAUACUACAUGAAUGUGAAAAUCAUGUACACUAUGGGAUACAGCACAUCCUUCAUAUCCCUGUCCAUAGCUAUAGCAAUCCUUGGCUUAUUUCGGAAACUUCACUGUACCAGGAAUUAUAUUCAUAUGCAUUUGUUUGUGUCGUACAUUCUUCGUGCAAUUUCAAUCUUCAUAAAAGACAGUGUCCUGUUUUCCAGUGAGGAUCUUCAGCACUGCAAUUCUUACUCGGUUGAAUGCAAAGUUGUUAUUGUUUUCUUCCAAUACUGCAAUAUGGCUAAUUUCAGUUGGCUGCUUGUAGAAGCACUGUAUCUGUACACAGCUCUGGUGGUAUCUGUCUUUUCUGAGCGAAAAUACUUCUGGAGGUACAUUGUUCUCGGAUGGGGUGCACCGGCAAUUUUUAUUAUAUCCUGGUCAAUUGCAAGACAGAUAUAUGAGAACAUUGGCUGCUGGGAUGUUAAUUCAGAUGAACAAAUAUGGUGGAUCAUUAAAGGACCUGUAAUAGUAUCUAAUUUCAUCAACUUUUUUCUCUUUAUUCGGAUCAUUGGGAUAUUAAUAAAAAAUCUAAAGACACCCGAUGCUGUGAGAAAUGAUUUAAGCCAGUACAGGAGGCUUGCAAAGUCCACUCUGUUGUUAAUCCCAUUGUUUGGAAUCCACUAUAUUGUCUUUGCAAUUUUCCCGGAUAAAGAAAGCAACCUUGCAAUGGACUUACAUAUAGGUUUUGAUGUUGCUCUUGGAUCAUUUCAGGGAUUUGUUGUCGCAGUACUUUACUGUUUCCUUAAUGGUGAAGUACGAGCUGAAAUCAAGAAAAAAUGGAGACAAAGGAAAGGCAACCAACACAAUCCCAUGAUCAGUAAUUGGUAGGUGGUGGAACCAGGUCCGGUCCCAAGGAACCACAGGAAUUUGUUUACCAAAAAUCAGAUUUUCUUCGAAGGAUCACAUGAAAUAUUGUGCUUCAAGUGCGUUUCCAAAAGAGUAAGAAAACAGAACUAUUUAACUGUGAAUGAUUUAACAGAGAUACUGCUGCCAUUGAUAGGACAGAUGUUACUGACCUGUCAAUUCCAUUGAGAAGUACAAUUUUUUUUUCCAAAUUUCCCUGUCUGCCAAGCUAGUGUUUGCAGUGUGCACUUGCCAUGGAACAUUAUAUUGAUCAAGAUAGGAAAAAAAUUAUGUAUAUGUG